ACAGUCCUUAACUGAUACGCAUUUUUGUUUUAAUUGUAUCAGUUCUUGUGAAUUAUCGGAUGAGAUAAAAUUUUUAUUUGAUGUCACGAUUUUCAAUAUGAAAACCAUCGCGUUGUAGAGUACCAUUUAUUCGCGUGUAUACUGGUAGGGAAAUAACUACACGUUUUUUUUCACAACGUCCACGAUUCAUAUUUAGUUAUAGUAUAGACCGGUGACAACAGACGUUAAGUGAAAGCCACACUGAACAUUCCCAUCAGUCAGUGCCGGCUAUUCAUAACGCUAACAUUCACCUCUUAUAUAUUUUAUUUUAUUUUUAGAGCUUGAGUACAUCCGUUUCCAAACAGCAAAAAUGACUUACUACACUACUAGAUGUAUACCCACUGUUCGACCAGCACCAAAUUUUGAUGCCAAAGAAGAUGCUGGUGUACUCCGUACUGCCAUGAAAGGAUUUGGAACUGACGAACAAGCUAUUAUCGACGUUUUAGCAAAAAGAUCCAAUUCUCAAAGACAAGAAAUUAAAGAAGCAUUCAAAACCUUAUACGGAAAGGACUUAAUAGACGAUUUAAAAAGCGAACUCGGUGGCAAUUUUGAAAACGCCAUUGUCGCUCUUAUGACCCCACUUCCUGAGUUCUACGCCAAGGAACUUCAUGACUCUAUAAGUGGCGUGGGUACUGAUGAAGAAGCUAUUGCUGAAAUCCUCGGCACACUUAGCAAUUAUGGCAUUAGAACCAUAUCAACUGUGUAUGAAAAAUUAUAUGGAAACUUGCUUGAAGAUGAUUUAAAAGGCGAUACAUCUGGCUCUUUCCAAAGACUUCUUACUUCUCUAUGUUGUGCCAACCGCGAAGAAGAGGUAGAAGUUGACCGUAGUGCUGCUGUUGCAGACGCUGAAGCUUUAAUGGCCGCCGGAGAAGCUCAAUGGGGUACUGAUGAGUCUACUUUCAACUCUAUUCUUGUAACACGAUCAUAUCCUCAGCUUAGAGCAAUUUUCGAAGAAUACGAAAAUUUAGCUGGCAAAAGUAUUGAAGAAGCUAUAAAAAAUGAGACUUCUGGUUCCUUAGAGCAUGGUUUUUUAACUAUUGUACGAAGUGCCAAGAAAAAGAGCGAUUAUUAUGCUGAACGUUUGGAAGCGUCUAUGGCCGGUAUGGGAACAAAUGACCGUCAAUUGAUCAGAAUUAUUGUUGGCAGAUCUGAGAUUGACUUAGGUGAUAUCAAACAAGCCUACGAAAGAGUUUAUGGCACUCCAUUGGCAGAUCGUAUUGCUAAUGAUUGUGAAUCUGAAUGCAAAUAUAUGUUUAAAGUUAUUGUUAAUCAAUGAAUGAUAUUUUAUUGCUAAAAAGUAAACGAAUCUCCAACAUAAUAUUUUCUAAAUUAUCUGAUUUGUGAACUAAUUUGCUUGAUUUUAUCUUUGCCUAGUUGUAUUAUGAAAAAUUAAAAAUACUUAAAUUAAUAUUUAACAUUUAUACUAAUAUGUACACACCAGGCGCAGAUUAAAUGAGAGUCUUAAGAACAAAUGGCACCAAAAUUAGCUUCUCACAAUUUUUUGAUUAGUCGAGAAAAAAGGAAUUUUAAAAAUAUUAGAUCUAUGUAUUUAUAAUUAAUAAGAAGGCCAUUUCAAAAGUCUUUUAAAUCCGUACCUGGUGCAUUGUAAAAUUGUUUAAGCUUUUCUUACCAUAGUUGUUACUAACAGAUAAUUAACUCAAUUAUUAAUAAAUAGUAUUAUUCUGUAAAAAAAACUUAGGCUCAAAGAUAUAUUAACUCUUAUUAAGAUUAAUUACUGACAUUUACCCAACGUUUAAAAUUCCUUCUUAAUUUGAACGUGGUGUAAGAUCACCAUUUGAGCUUAUAAUAAAAAAAAUGUUAAAAUAAAAAGUUCAUCCAUUAAAUUACAAAAAAAUAAAAUAUUUUUAUUGAAUUUCUAUUUAUUUUCAAAAUAAUAUAGAACUAAAGUUUUCUAUUCUUUUGCGGUACAUCAGAGGCGUUCUCAGAGUUUUUAUUGACAAGGGUAAAAAUAAAAAAUUUGUUUUACCACUUACAAAAUGUAUCUUUACCAUAUAUUUAUUUUCAUCGUGGGGGAGUUCUUCUCCUACAUCUUACACCCAAAGAAAAACCUCAAUCAAAAUUGAAAGAGAAAUUUUACCAAGGGUUUAUGAUAAUGUUUUAUUAAUACGAAAAAAAUAACUAUUCUUAUAAAUAAUUAUUGUUCAAGACAAGAAAAAAAAAUAUCAUAUUGAUAAAUAUAUCAUUGAUUCAAUAGUAAUGAUAUAUUUAUCAAAUUGAACAAUGAAUUUAUUAUAUAGAUCGAGGUUUUUCUCUGGGUGUACCUUGCAAGACGCCCAUACUGUAAAUGUAAAAUACUUACAUUUCAUACGACCAGUGCUGGAUGAAGAUACGUGGUGUUACAUUGAUAACAACCAUUUCUAAGUUUCUCAUGAUUUUCGAUUUAUAAAUAACCAAGUUGUUGAAUGGAAUAAGGCUGUGUAAGUUUAUGUAAAAUAAUAUAAUGAAAUUUUCAACGACAACGUGUUGUGUAACUCGAUAAACAAUAAACGACGGCUAAUAACUUAAAACUAUAUUAAUAGCUGUAUUAUGUGAACUGCGUCAUCCGUAAAAGGAAUUUGAAUCUUUAACCAUUGUACUAUGCUAACAUGUGAACAUUUUUGCUAAACUAAGUGUUAUUUUAAAUGUAUUAAAAUUAAAAUUAUUGUA